AUGCCUCAGGGCGAUCUUGAAACGCUAGUUUGCGGUGGAGGUGGCGGCGACGGAAAAAUCGCCUGUGAAACGCUCAUCGGCGACCACCGUCCGCCGGAAAACAAGGAUCAUCUGGAGGAUCCACCAGACCAACCAGCCGAGUCUUUUUGGCUAUCGAAGGAUCAGGAGCUUGACUGGUUCGACCAGAACGUUUUCUACGAGCGUAAGGAUUCUAAGAAAGGUAUCUCCAACAACAACAACCACAGUUCCAACUUAAAUCCGAGUCUCAAUUCCAAUUUCAGCUCUCAGCGGUACUCUUUGAAUUUGAAAUCCAAAGCAUCGAUCAUCGGCCUGCCUAAGCCACAGAAGUCCUGCUAUGCCGACUGCAGGUUCCGCAGGAGUUGCCGCGCGUCCAACGCCCGGUUGUUCCCCAAGAAAACCGACUCGGCCUCGGGAAAACCGGCCGUCCCGGUUUCCGAACCGUCGUCGCCGAGAGUCUCGUGUAUAGGGAGGGUCAGGCCGAAGGACAGGAGCCGUCAUCGCGGGAGAAACCGCCGACGCUCUGCGGAGAAGGCCGAGAAGACCGCAGCAACAGCUCCUGUAACACCAAAAUCAAAACGGGAGAAAACAGGGAUUUGGGCGAGCUUGAAGGCGAUAUUCCGGUCGGGUUGCAAAGCACAGCAAGCCGUUAAAAUCGACGAGCAACCAAUAUUCUCACCGGCACAAGAGAGUGUCUCGUCGAUCCCGUUUAAGUCUCCGGCGAGUAUAACAGCGUCAGAGAUAGAGCCACCACCUCCGGGACUGGCAGGGUUGAAGAGGUUUGCGUCGGGUCGGAGAUCCGAAACGUGGAUCGCUGAUGACCUGGAUGAAUCGUUCGGUCGUGAGAGUAUAUGGCAACGACGAAACCUAGACCCACCCAAGGAGCUUGAUUGCCGUCGAAAGUGGGGGGUUGUGGGACCCGCUUCCGUCUGA